ACACUGGCUAACUCUCUCCUUUAAACCCAACCCACCACACUUUCCUCUCCACCACCACUUACUCCCCACCUCCCUCCGCCGCCACAAUGCCGACGCCUUCCAGCACCGCCGCUGUCCUCUUCCUCUUCCUCUCCCUCUUCUCCGCCACCACCAUCACCUCGGCCCACAACAUCACCCACCUCCUCUCCACCCACCCACAGUUCUCCACCUUCAACCACUACCUCACCGUCACCCACCUCGCCGCCGAGAUCAACCGCCGCCAGACCAUCACCGUCCUCGCCCUCGACAACGCCGCCAUGUCCUCCUUGCUCGACCGCCACCUCUCCGUCACCACCCUCCGCAACGUCCUCUCCUUGCACGUGCUGGUCGACUACUUCGGCACCAAGAAGCUCCACCAGAUCACCGGUGGCUCCACCCUCACCUCCACCAUGUUCCAGGCCACCGGCGCCGCCCCGGGGACUUCCGGAUACUUGAACAUCACGGAUCUCAAGGGCGGGAAGGUGGCGUUUGCCCCCGAGGAGAACGACGGCAAGAUGGACGCCGUUUUUGUCAAGUCGCUCGUCGAGAUGCCCUACAACAUCUCCGUCUUGCAAAUCAGUCAGGUAGCGGUAAAUUCAGCCGAAGCAGAGGCGCCAGCUUCAGCCCCCUCGUUGAACCUGACAUCAAUCCUCCACAAGCAAGGCUGCACCAAAUUCGCCGACCUUCUGUCCGCCACGGGGGCCGAGGCCACGUUUGAGGCCAACGUGGACGGCGGCCUGACUGUGUUCUGCCCAUCCGACACCGUGAUAACGUCCUUCAUGCCGAAAUACAAAAACUUGACAGACUCCGAGAAGCUCUCCCUCAUGCUCUACCACGGUAUCCCCGUCUUCAUGUCGAUGCAGAUGUUGAAAGACAAUAACGGCGUCGUUAACACGCUGGCAACUGACGGCGCCAGCAAGUUCGACAUCACCGUCCAGGAUGACGGCGAGAUCGUGAAGCUGAAGACCAAAGUCGUGACAGCCACGAUAACGGGGACGCUAAAGGAACAAGACCCCUUAAUCGUGUACAAGGUGGACAAGGUUUUGCAGCCAGGGGAGCUGUUUGACGCGGAUGACGUGGCACCAGCUCCUAAGGGUGCUAAGACGAAGGCCAAGGGGAAGAAGAAGGCCGCGGAGGCGGAUUCGCCGGAUUCUGCAGAUGCGCCGGAGGGUGAUUCGGAUGAUGCGACGGCGGCUGAUGAGGACCAGAACGGAGUUGGGAAGAUGUUGAACGGCGGGAGUUUGGCGACUCUGGCUUUGAGUUUGUGUAUAGGGUUGAUGUUCAUUUGAUUGGGUCAAAUCUUGUAGUUUCUUUUUGUUUGUGUGCGUGUGAAAUGUAUCAAUUUGAUUGAAAGAAACUUGGAGGGGCGUGAUGAAAAGAGAUUAUUUUUUUUAUAUAUAUGGAGGUGAUUUGAGAAUGAUGGAUGGAAAUGAUUGAUUUUUGUUGGG